AUGUUGCUUCUCUCCCCGCUCAUCAUCGGACCUUCUCUCCUGCUUCUCGCGGGGAUAUUCAUCCUGCAACGACUCCGAUCGCCCCUCGCCAGCAUACCUGGGCCGUGGUACACGCUCUUCACCUCGCUCCCGCUCAAAUGGCAUGAGUUCAACGCCAACCGCACGCGGCACAUCAACGCCCUGCACCUGCGCUACGGGCCGGCGGUGCGCAUCGCGCCCGGGGAGGUGGCAUUCAGCUCGGCGGCGGCCGUCAAGGAGAUCUACUGCUCAGGCGGAAGCGGCUAUGACAAGACUGAGUUCUACGACCUGUUCACGGUCUACGGGCGCCGGACCAUGUUCAGCACGCUCAACAAGGAGGACCACGCGCGGAGGAAGCGCGUGCUGGCCGACCGCUACGCCAACAGCAACGUCAUGAAGCCCGAGAGCCUGGGCGGCAUCGAGGAGCGCAGCGGGCGGCUGCUGGCGCUGGCGGGGCGGAGCGCGGCGGCCGGCGGGAGCCUGGACCUGUACAUCAGCCUGCACUCAUACGCUUUCGACUGCGCGUCACACCACCUGUUCCACCCCUUCGGCGCGGACUCGCUGCAGAGCCGCGAGGACGAGGGGAUCAUGCGGGAGGUGACGUUCGACUCGUCGCUGCAGAACCGGCUCGUCAGGUACUAUAGCCCCGCGGCCCACAGGAUCAUGGGGAGCGUGCUGAGGCUGUUCGGCGCGACGCCGCGGGAGACGCCGCUCGCGGACAAGUUCGUGCUGGACAACAGCGUCAGGGGCCACGACGCGAGGAGCUUCACGCUCCUGAGCAGGCUGAGCGACAAGUCCUGGGACCUCGAGAGCCUGAGCAUCGCCGCCGAGUGCUUGGAUCACAUGGCCGCUGGGAUCGACACCACGGGGGACGCGCUUUGCUUCCUUAUGUGGGAGCUGAGCCAGCCGCGCUCCCUGGGGUUCCAGGAGAGGCUGAGGGAGGAGCUGCGGGGCGCGGGGGCCGCCGAGGGGUGGGACAAGCUCCCGUACUUGGACGCUGUGGUCAUGGAGGGGCUGAGGUGUUUCCCGGCCAUCCCUAUGUCCCUGCCCCGUUACGUUCCGAAGGGCGGGAGGGUGAUUGAUGGGCACUUCGUCCCGGAACGGACAAUCGUCAGCUGUCAGGCGCACUCGGUCCACCGCGUCGACGAGACGGUGUUCCCCGCGCCGGAGUUGUUCGACCCCGGGCGAUGGCUUGUAAGGGAAGGCGAUGCGGAGAGAAGGAGAUCGUUCUUUGCCUUUGCCAACGGCGGUAGGGGCUGCGUGGGUAAGCACCUGGCGCUUGCUGAGAUGAAGAUCCUGCUGAGGGACGUGUACUCUGCAUACAGCACCCUCCCGGAUGAGACCAUGCGUGCGGCGGAGAUGGAGAUGGAUGACCAGCUGAUCUCAUCAAGGCCAGCCGGGCAGAGGUGUCUGUUGCGAUUUACUCCUGAUGGUUCCAAGGAGGAGCCAUAG